GAUUUACAACUUAUACUUGAAACUAAUAUUUCAUCAGUCAUGGUUUUAAACAUUUUCAAACUUUUAGUAUUUCUUACGUUCAUUAUUAAUUUCCUAUUCCUUGUUAAUGCAUCUCAAUUAGUUAAAGGAAUUCAUUUUGAUCGGAUUAUAACAAUUGUACUAGGAAAUUCCAAUUAUGAUGAUUCCAUGAAUGAUCCUUACUUGGUUUACCUUGCUAAUCAAGGAAUGUUACUUUCAAAUUAUCAUGGAAUUUGGCAUCCUUCUCAACCAAACUACAUAGCGAUGAUUCGAUCAUCAAAAAGUGGGGUGCUUACAGAUUUUAAUCAAGACGUAGAAGGUGCCUCACUUCCGGAUUUAUUGGAAAAUAAAGGAAUUUCAUGGAAGGCUUACAUAGAAAAUUAUCCUGGAAAUGGAUUCAGCAAUAGUGAAUCCGAUGAUGGACUUUAUGUUCGGAAGCAUAAUCCGUUUAUUUCGAUGAAUCAAAUUCGAACGAAUUCUUCAAGAUAUAUUUAUAUCGUGAAUGCCAAUUCAUUGAAGAAAGAUAUUGAGGAUGGAACUGUUCCACAAUAUGUCUUUUAUUCACCUAAUGUAUACAAUGGUGGUCAUGAAACGGACUUAAAUCAUGCCAGUCAAUACCUCAACAACACAUUUAUUCCAUUAAUUCAGUCAUUAUUAACUAAUUCUAGAACACUAUUAGUUAUAACAUUUGAUCAAUCUAACUUGCUUCUAGAUAGUUUAACAAAUUAUAAUCAUAUUUAUACGGUCCUUAUAGGACCAAACGUGCUAAAGUCUAUGAAACAUGAAGAUAGUGAUAGAUAUGAUCACUAUAGCUUUGUACCAACUAUUGAGCUGAAUUGGAACUUAUCAACUUUAGGAAGCGGGGAUGAUACGAGUUCAAUACCCUUUAGUGAAGGUAUAUUUUUAAAUAUUAGUGUCUCAUAA